AAAGUGUUUUAUUGUCGUCAGCGGUAAGGCUAUACGUAUGCACGCGUCAUCUUCCAACAUGGCAGCGCAGGUAGAGCUGUCGUGUUUGGAAACAUUUCCAGCGCACUUAAACCCUCUGCACGUCCUUGUUUUCAAGUCACAAUUCAGGUACGCUUUUCCAAAUUGCACCGAACCCUCAACAACCAUUUUCUUCUCAUCUCAGAAGCUUCAGUCACUGGGGAAGUCAGGCAUUUUGCUCUGCGCGCACGCAACAACCGAUGAAGAGACGCCAGGCUGUGGUGCUGAUGUCAACAACAAAACGUUACAACUUUAUACAAGUAAACUGUUUUUCAAACAUCAUGGACUUCAACUAAAUACACGAGGAGCUAUACGACUGCUGUCGCCACUGGCUUUAAGUAAAGUUGUUAUUGGCGCACGAACCAGACAAUGCUUCAAAUGGGCAACCUCUGAAAAAUUCUCCAAUGGACUCCUCGUUUUAGCCUCAUGCCAGGGACAGAGGCUAUUGGCAAGGGAAGGCGACUCACUUUUAGUGCCUUAUCAUCCACUGCUUGGUGACGACAUAUCUCAAGUGCAACAACAUAUGUUGGAUUUAGUCGUAUUGCAGUGCACACCUGUUAUGCAGGGGAUGAUUACAACCAAAACGAGUGUGGUUUUGACCGAUUGCAGGGACUUGGAAACACCUGGCAAUAAUGUGACUAGUAGAACUGUGACGUCAUUAUUCGUCUCAGAUUUUGCACACUAUGCUAGUAGUCUUAGCAGUGGCAGUUCACUUCUUGACAAUAAGCUGGUACUGAAUUCAAGUUUCUCAGCGUUCUUACGAGCCCUUGAAUGUAGGUUGGAUGUCAAGGUGGUUGAUUGUUCUCAUCUGUAUUGUCAAGGCAAAAGUCAACUCGGAGUGCACGAAGCUGAAGUUGAUAUUGACAAUGCAGUUUUCGUCAGUAAACAGUUGCUUCUCAAACUCGGGUUGUUUAACCUUGAAUGGGUGAUGGUAUCGACGUUAGGUUGUCCAUCAGAGAAAACAUCAUCCAGGCUUUCAUAUCUUCCAAGUCCAGGACCGGUUGAAGAUCAGAUGCUUGUCAGAGACCCCAAACGAGCCCAUUUGUCCUUGGUUUGUGUGUCAGAGUUUGGCAAGCAUCUGGAGUUGGACCUGCAAGACAGUGUUGGUUUUAUAACUCCAACUCACUGGUUUAACUUGUCAAAUGGAGAUCCAAUUCCAAUUGGCUGCAAAACGGUGAAGAUAAAGAGAUGGAAUAGUGCCUCUUCUCGGUCAGGACCACAGUGUUCAGAGAGCCUCUCUCGAUCAACGUCACCAGCAUUUGUCACAGAACUCCACAUCAAGACCGUCAUCUCACCAGAGUACAACUCCCACGGCCCCUUUGACAGUUUAUUGUGUGAGCACUUCACUAUACCAAGACUAGUGCGUCAAGGAGAUAUAUUGGCUAUCCCAUCCAAGGGACACCCUGACAUUUUGGAGAGCAAUUCUGAGGGAAUCACAAGGUGGCCAGUUGUUCACUUUAAAGUGAAGGUUUGUGGUUCUACUGAGAAUGAGAAUGAAGAGAAUGGGCAUUACCUGGCAGACACCACUCACACAUCUCUGUACAUGGGAGGUGCCACCAACAGCUUGGCUCCUUGGUCUUUAGUGGGUGAGGGGCCAUCCCUAUGGACGAGCUUGGCUCCACCAGGGCUUUCCACCACUGUGGACAAACUCACCACCAUUAUCCAACCCCAUAUUUAUGAAAGUGCUCUGGCAAGUGGAUGCUCCAUCCUCCUCCAAGGACACAGUGGCAGUGGCAAAGUCACAGCAGUGAAGGCGACGUGCCGGAAACUUCACCUCCACUUGGUUAAGGUGGACUGCGUGACGGUCUGCGCGGACACAGCGGCCGCCUGCGAGGCAAAGAUGAGGGCUGCGUUCCAGAGAGCCGAGGCCCACCAGCCCUGUGUGCUGCUCCUCAGGAACCUGCAGCUGUUGGGCCAGCCCAAGGAUGGCUCAGAGGAGGACGCCAGGGUUCUGGCUUCUUUCCGCCAGCUCAUCACCAGCAUGCCUCCCAGCGUGGCGGUCAUUGCUGCGGUCAGCAAACCCAGGGAGCUGUCGGCAGAUGUCACGGCAGGGUUUGUCCACCAAGUGGCGAUGGAGAUCCCCAGUGAGGAGCAGCGAAGGGCCAUGUUGGCAAGCCUCACAGAGGGCUUGCCCCUGGGGAAGGACAUCAGUCUAGCCCGCCUUGCCAAGCACACUGCGGGUUUCUUUCUGGGGGAUCUCGUUGCGCUACUCAAUCAGGCUGGUAAAGCUGCCUUUAGAAGGCUGCUCACUUCCUGUUUCCCGGAGGGUGCCAGAGUGGAGAACGAGGAGGACCUGUGUGCGUGCGGAGUAACUAUCUUGUCCCAGGACUUCACCAGGGCCCUGGAGACCCUACAAGAUGCUCAUUCCCUGGCCAUAGGCGCUCCAAAGAUCCCCAGCGUGCGAUGGCAGGAUGUGGGCGGUCUCCAGCAGGUGAAGAGGGAGAUCCUGGACACGGUGCAGCUGCCCCUGGAGAGACCCGAGCUGCUGUCGCUCGGCCUGCGCCGCUCUGGCCUGCUCCUCUACGGGCCCCCCGGCACUGGCAAGACCCUGCUGGCCAAGGCUGUGGCCACCGAGUGUUCCAUGACCUUCCUGAGUGUCAAGGGCCCAGAGCUCAUCAACAUGUACGUGGGUAAAAGUGAGGAGAACGUGAGAGAGGUGUUUGCCAAAGCUCGUGCAGCCGCCCCUUGCAUCAUCUUCUUCGACGAGCUUGACUCGCUAGCGCCCAACAGAGGGCGCAGCGGGGACUCAGGCGGGGUCAUGGACAGGGUUGUUUCCCAGCUCCUUGCUGAGCUUGAUGGCCUUCACUCCUCUGGGGACGUGUUUGUGAUUGGUGCAACCAACAGGCCGGACCUGCUUGACCAAUCGCUGCUCAGACCUGGCAGGUUUGAUAAAUUGGUCUAUGUUGGAAUCAAUGAAGACAAAGACUCUCAGCUCCAGGUUCUAAAGGCAAUUGUCAGAAAAUUCAGGAUUGACCCCAGUGUGAGUCUUCAGGACAUCGUGGAGCGAUGCCCAUCCCAGCUCACCGGAGCUGACAUGUACGCCCUCUGCUCGGACGCCAUGAUGUCAGCCAUCAAGAGGAAGAUAGCUCUAAUCUCUGACGGUCUGGACACAGAUGAUUCACCUCUUAUCCUCUCUGCAGAUGACUUUAAUCAUGCUCUGAAAAGCCUCAAACCAUCAGUCUCUGACCAAGAGCUUCUCAAAUACAAACACAUUCAACAGAAACUCACUGCAAAAUAACCAAGCCACCCAAAGACUAGUGUUGCCCCAUGUGUUGGUUAAUCUGUGCUCCAUCUGCGGUACAGUACUCCAAACCUUCUGCCUAAGAGUUUAUUCUUCAAAACUUUCAUCUUAGAAACCAGCAUUUCAAAUGGGUUCAUGCUGGGUGUUUUUGCACUGAGCAGUAAGCAGUGACCAAAUUACUUAAAAAAUUAUCCCGGUGAGGUACUCGUGUGUAAUUCCUAACUGGUGUUAUUAUGUGAGAUAAUUGGUGUAUAUGUGAUUAUUCAGGCUCUUGAAAUAUUAAAUCACUAAUAAGUGGAGCUCAAUUGCACUAAAAUGUAGACUUGUGAACAUAUGACUCUGCAUGACACAUAAAAUACGUAAUCAAAACGAUUCUAGUAAGUAAGGCAGUAUUUUUUCUAAUCUCACAUGUAAUUUGAGGUAUAAUCCACAUGUCAAUAAAUGCAGUCAGCCAAACAAUAAUUAAUGUUACUGAUCUUUCUAUUUCAGGGUAAUGCUUUCCUUUUCUAAGUACAUUUGUUUUUGUGAUAUUAGUGCUAGACAGACUUAUUUGUGAAAAAUUUUGUCAACAUUACACCCACCUAAGGCACUAGUUUACAGUUCACACUAAAACACUUUAGGGACUGUUGAAUGCAAGUCUGUAUACAAAGUUAACUGGUUUGUGCAGUGUUUUCUCAUCUCCACCCAGUAAUUUACAUCAAAUUCAAUAAUACAAAAGUAAAUGUGACAGGAAUGAAAAAUGACAGUAAGAAAUGUAUAACCUUGAGUUUCAUAACGCUUGGAAAGCACAGAGUGGACAACACACAUUCAAACAAACAGCUACCACAUGAAUCCAGGAGUGUAUUCGGUCUCACUUUAUAUUAAGUUAGCAGUUUAUUGUUUUAAUAAAUCAUUUGUUACAGCAAGUAGUUAGAGUAACAAAGAUUAGAUUCCCUGAAUGAUACAUUGUUAUUAAAUAAAUGUUAGAUUUAAAUGUG